AUGUCUAAGCAAUAUUUUAAAAGACAUGUUUUGGAAAAGAACAAAAAUAAUUCUAAAGAAAAAGAAAAGCCAAACUACAAUAUUUUGUCAAAAAACUUGAAGAAAAUAUAUCCCAUUGGACUGCCUAGGACUUGUUCUCCUCUUUCUUUAUCUUCAUUAUCAUUAACUUUAUCACAGAAUUCAACCGAUUCUUCCUUAACAGAUGUUUCAGUCCCACUUGAUGAGAAAAUCUCGUUAGCCAUCCGCCUGAUCGCCCCGGCUGAAAAGAGGGAAGUUCCGGUGGCCAAAGUCGUCCAGCAGCCUAUUGCAGAUCCUGGUGAUCAAGAAGGCUUGAGGAGGUGCAACUGGAUUACAAAGAGUAGUGAUAAAGUCUAUGUACAAUUUCAUGAUGAAUGCUGGGGAGUUCCAGUUUAUGAUGAUAAUGAGUUAUUUGAGCUUCUUGCAUUAUCUGGGAUGCUUAUGGAUUUCAAUUGGACUGAAAUCUUAAAAAGAAGACUACUACUAAGAGAAUCUUUUGCUGGUUUUGAUCCCAAUCAAGUGGCCAAGAUGGAAGAGAAAGAGAUCAUGGACAUGGCCUCCAACAAAGAACUUAAUAUAACAGAAAGCAGAGUUAGGUGCAUAGUAGACAAUGCAAAAUGCAUAACAAAGGUUGUGAGAGAAUAUGGAUCAUUCAGUAGUUACAUUUGGGAAUAUGUAAAUUACAAACCCAUGAUCAACAAAUUCAGAUAUCCAAGAAAUGUUCCAUUGAGGAGUCCAAAAGCAGAGGCAAUUAGCAAGGACUUAUUGAGAAGAGGAUUCAGAUUUGUGGGACCUGUGAUUGUGUACUCAUUCAUGCAAGCAACAGGGAUGACAAUUGAUCAUCUUGUUGAUUGUUUCAGAUAUAGAGAAUGUGUAAAUCUUGCAGAAAGGCCUUGGAGACAUGUUUGA